AUGCCGGGGAGCGUGUUGUACGAGAUCCGUCACUCAACGGACGAUCUUGUCCCAUCAUCGCCUAACCUGCUGUCGUCGUCAUAUCGGACGGCAGUUCAAGCUAGGAUGUUGUAUGUCCCUCAUUCUCUCUCUCGGUCAACAAGAAAUCGCCCGAUGACCGAGAAGACCGGCCAAGAGAAAAGAAGGAAUGAAAGGACGAGGAAGUGCAUAGCAGGGGGCUCGAAAGAGAAGAAGAGAUCAACGACUCACCGCAAUAUAGUCCUAAAUGCUUCUUUAACCCCCCCUGGGAGAUCAUGUAACACUUUCCUAGUCCUCCCCUCUCAUUUGUCUAAGUUGCUAGUGACAGAAGUCCGUUCCAAACCUGCAUUGGCUCCUAGCUCCGCCUCUCUCUUCCCCUCUCGUUACCCUGCUUCUCUUUACUCUAGUCCGGACCACAGAAGAGCCUAUUUGCUUUUGCUUGCUUGCUUUGAAAAGCUCUCUUUUCACUUGUUCGUCCGUGUUUCGAGUCCGCGCGGCAUCGUUGAUCACGGGGGCGUUGGUUUGAGUCCUGUAUGGCUGGAUGAAUACGGUUGA